UAAGAGCACUAAAGAUCACGAACGAAGAAGAUCAAGACUAUGAAUGCAGUGGUCAUUUUGUCCAUUGUACUGUUAUCCUACGCAGAUGCCGCUAACCAUUCUUGCAAGGAUAUUUACUUAGCGAAUCCCAGCAGCGCUAAUGGUACCUACACGAUAAACAAUCGUAAAAACCAGUCAUAUAAGGUUUACUGCGAAUUUCACAACAACUUCGGAUAUACCUAUGUGUCCAAGAAUACUGGCGUUGAAGUGAACAUCAACGAUCUCUUCACAACAAAGGCACAUGUCAAAGUGAGGCACGUGAAGGCAAAUGGCGUACAAGCAGAGACGAUCAUGGAAAACAUAAGCAACUACCCGAAACAACCGGUUGGAAUUUUCUACAAUCAGCACACGGGAUACGCGGCAUCCGUCAAUGCUGCUAAUCUAGCUCCGUAUCUCUAUUUGGGCUUCCUACCCAUUAGUCUGGCGAACCAUGUCAAUCCUCAGGGAUACCGCGCCUCGAGUCAAGAUUUCAGGUUCACAAACUGUGACAGAAACCCAAACAGCUACUUCGUGUUUUACUUCAAUCCUAACCAUAAAGCCCCGACUGGGUAUGUCAACCAUUGCUGCGAGUCAAGCCUCAUGCACUCAUGGAUAACAGUGGCUCAAAACCUACCUUCGGCGUAUAAUAUGCCUGACGAGUUCUACUUUGACUACGAACUUCAUUUCGGGGGUUGUGGUGGAUACGCAUUCAUUCAUCACCACAAUGACAUAAACGGCGCUGCCCUUGGUGUGCGUUUUGAGCAAACAGAUCCCUGCCAAAGUGGUCCAUGCCAAAAUGGAGGUAGUUGCUAUUCCGAGGACGAGACCGAUUUCUUUUGUGAGUGCCCUGUCGGUUACGAGGGAGAUUCCUGUCAACUGAAAGGAAAUACCGGAAAUGGCGGAAUAAUAGGCUAAUCAGAGAAGAAGGAACAAUGAAAAUUAACAUUCCUAUUGUAGUUUUGUUUUGUCCAUUGCAAAAGCAAAUAAAGAGAAAGUGAUAGUAG